AAAUGUAAACUAUGGGUCAGAAAAUAGAUCUAUGCUGAAAGUCCAACGAGGGUUUCAGCGCUAUCUAGGACGUUUUUUGAGUUCCUCUAACUCCAACAUGUCGGUGGAUUACAGCGUUCAGGGAUCAGUGGCUGUCUUAGAAGUGAACAAUCCACCUGUCAACGCACUGAGCCAUGGUGUUCGGCUUGGCUUGAAGACUGGAGUAGAGCAAGCAUCCAGAGACAGAAAUGUCAGAUCGGUGGUCAUCAUUGGUAAAGGUCAGACAUUCCCAGCCGGUGCCGACAUACGAGAGUUUGGCAAACCAAGUAAAGAGCCAUGGUUAACAGAGGUAGGAAUGGCGAUUGAGGCGUCCCCUAAGCCUGUGGUAGCAGCCAUCCAUGGCACCUGCCUCGGGGGUGGGCUGGAGAUAGCUCUCUUCUCACACUACCGUAUCGCUGUACCCUCUGCAAGAGUGGGAUUUCCAGAGGUAGCACUUGGGCUAUUACCAGGGGCAGGGGGAACCCAAAGAUUGUCCAGACUAACAGGUCUACCAGUUGCUAUGGAUAUGAUUUCCUCAGGUCGCCAUGUUCCCAUUAAAAAGGCCAAAGAGUAUGGCAUCAUUGAUGAAAUUGUGACCGGGGAUUUAAUGAAGGCAGCUUUAAAGUUUGCACAAUCAAUUCAAGGUCGUCCGUUAAAGGACAGAUGUCUGAUGUUCAAGGUUGUUCCUAAUGCUGACAAACUGGAGGAAUUCACUUCAGCGGCCAUGGCUCAAGUCAAGAAAAAAUACAAAGGAUAUGAAGCCCCAGUGGUCUGUAUACAGACUGUAAGGGCCUCAGCAGAACUUCCGUAUGAGGAGGGGAUGAAGUUAGAGAGGGACCUGUUCCUACAGCUACAAGGCUCCGGGCAGGCCAGGGCCCAACAGUACGCAUUUUUUGCUGAGAGGGCAGUGUCAAGGUGGGUGAUGCCUGGGGGUAGUUAUAAGACAGCUAAGCCCCUCCCCGUGAGGAGUACGGCUGUGAUCGGGGCGGGGACGAUGGGGUCAGGGAUAGCUGUGUGUUUACUGAGUGCAGGUCUCCCCGUAUAUCUACUGGAACAAAACGAAAAGGUCUGUAUGAUUUUGAAUUUCAAACCAACACUGAAUUACAGUGACCUCAAGGAUGUAGACCUGGUGAUAGAGGCAGUGUUUGAGAAUUUAGAUUUAAAGAGAGACGUGUUCUCUAAGCUGGACAAGAUUUGUAAGCCCUCAGCCAUUCUGUGUACCAACACAUCUACGAUAGACAUUAAUAGGAUAUCAACAGCAACAUCUCGGCCAGAUAAAGUUGUGGGGACUCAUUUCUUUGCUCCGGCAUAUCACAUGAGGCUACUGGAAAAUAUUUACGGAACUCAGACAUCACCUGACACUGUUGCCACGGUGAUGAAGCUGGGGAAAACGAUCAACAAAGUUCCAGUUUUGGUGAAGAGUUGCCAUGGUUUCUUGGCCAACAGAAUGAAUGGUCCCUUUAACACUGAGUCUUUAUUCUUGGUGGAAGAGGGAGCUAGUCCACAGGAGAUAGAUCAGGUGAAUGAAGAUUUCGGAAUGCCAAUGGGUCCGUUCAAAGUCCGAGAUCUAUCAGGGAUUGAUAUCAGCUGGAGAAUCAACAGGGAGGUUGCUAAGGCACUGGGUACGACAAUCACUAAGGAGACCAAAUUUCUAGGAGGCAACAGAUAUUGUGGACUAAAUGAUGAUUUCUUUGAGAAAGGGAGAUACGGAAGAAAAACUGGUAAAGGAUGGUAUUUGUAUGAAAAAGUAGGAGGGAAAAUUCCAACAGUUGAUUCCGAGACAGAAGAAAUAAUAAACAGUUACAGACAAAGAAGAGGGAUAAUAAAGAGGAAGAUUACCCCACAGGAAAUUUUUGAGAGGCAAUUCUAUUCGUGUAUCAAUGAGGGAUUUAGGAUUUUAGAAGAGGGAAUAUGUAACACUCCAGAAGAAAUUGAUAUCUCAUGGAUUUAUGGCUUUAGUUAUCCAAAAUUUCGAGGUGGACCGAUGUUUUAUGCCAGUCAGAUAGGACUAAAGAGAGUUUAUGACAGAAUAUGCCACUAUCAUGAAACAUGUCCCUACAGCAUCCAUUGGGUUCCUAGUCGACUUCUGAAGAAAUUGGCAGAAAAUGAUGUUCCAUUCUCACAGUGGGCCAAUCAUAUAUCCAAGAGCAGAAUGUGAUGUGGGUGUAUUACAUAUUAUAUAAACUUUUGAUUAUAGCUGCCAAAGUCAUUGUUCAGUGUACAUUAAAAAUUCAUUGAAAUUUUUUUUUCAGAAUAUGAAAGUUAAUCCUUUUCUCAGAGAGAAAAAUGUUAUUUAUGAAGAUAUUUUAGUGAAAUUUCUGUGUAAUAUUUUUUAAAAAGUUAAUUAUGGUGCAUGUCAAUUGUUAAAGUUAUGAUUUUACAGAGACAAAAAAUAUUGAAAAUAUCUACAUGUAGUAGACGUUUUUCUGGGACAAUCCCCUACAAUAUAGGGCAAUAAUGAACUAUGUCAAACCUAUGGGUAAGGUUGAUUAAUCAUUCAAGGUAUACAUAUUUACAGUAUAUGUAACUCUAGAGAGACUUAGAUUUAGAAAUAAUAUCAAAUUAACACCAAUUAUAAGUGCAAUCACUGCUGGGUAAUCUCCUUUUCAAUAAAUGAAUGAAAAGCAACCAAAGAUGUAAACAAUUUUUACAUUGAGCAAUAUUUGUUUUUGUUAUAUUUGAUUGCCAUAAAAUGGCCAAACUGUUGAUUUUUAAUAAAGUUGAAAAAGAGUA